GGUGAACCCAACGCGCACCGCCCUGAAACAGACACACAAAGUUUGGAAAGUCCUGGCUGCAGUCACAUCCUCCAUCGUGGAUUAUUACAGAAACACUCUUCAAGGCCAAGACACCACCUCAAAAACCUUUCAACCUUUCUGAAGGCUGGAAUUGUCCGCUCUUCCGCUGCCUGACUCACAACAUCGCUGGAGUUUGGACAGGCUCACUCAAAUCACAGCGACAGACCAUCCGAGAGCAGAGACUUGGCCAUCAACUGAAACUAGUGGUAGACAUGGAGCGGUUGGCCCUUCUUCUGACCCUCGCCGCUGCAGUUUCUGCAUCAAGUCAAACAUGUAGCCCCACGGAUGUGACCUCCAAAUCUUGGCAGUACGUCAGGGAAAUGCACAUGGGCUGUUGGACCAGCUUUCUCACAGCCGACCGAGUGGAGGUCCACAUCCUUAAACUGAACUUCGUCGAUGUGGAUACGCAGAUGUUUUCCAUCAACAUGACGGGCUCCACACCAGUGAAUUUUGUUAUCUCUCAGAUGAACACCAGCUACUGUGCUGUGCACCUUAACAGUGAUAGCAAUAUCCAUAUUCACAGCAAAUCAGAAAUCCAGUUCUACAAUCACCAGCCGAGUAAAAUCCACAGGCACGACUUUCCCACAAGCGAUGAGGACCUGGUGAAGUGGGCGACUCAGAAGUUUGGAGGUGUUACUUCAUUCACCACCAUCAGGAACCUGGCUGAGAUCCACUACAUAGGGACAGAAGGAACAACGCCUGGCUCUCAGGACUGUGAGCUGAAAAAUGAAGACUCUUUACAGAAGUACUUCUUUGAGAUCAAAACCGCCUCUCCGUUCAAGUCCUGCUCUCCGCGGCAACUGAGGCCUGCAGCAACUGAGCUUCACAUCAUCAACAUCCCGGAGGACUCCAGCCUCUGCAACGUGUCACUUCACGUUGGCAUGGAGAAGACCAAUAUCUUCCUAAGAGGACCUCAGGGAACAACGUGGACCAUCCUCAACCCACGGCAGACAGUGUUGUCUAACAAUGAGAUGUUGGUCCCCACCAUCCUAAGUAGCAUCGCGCCUGUAAUCACGAUGAACAGCAGCGCUGCCGAGGACGUACAAAAGAAAGCGUUAGAUGCUUUUAAAGUCAGCACCUUCACCAGCUACACGGAAAUCAGCCCCAAGGCAUCGACCGUUGCUCUGGUUCUCCGACAAAGAGAAAAAAGCCCAGCAGGAGUCACAGAGAAAGUGCCAGAACAAGCGAGCCCAGAAACAACCGAUACUCAUCAGAUGCCUCUGCUGAUGCAGCUCUACGCCUCGCCUGAUUACCGCUACCCUAUAGAGCCAAACACGAAGGUGCAGAGCGACAAAAGAGUCUAUGCAGAGAUUUCGGGACACACCUUUGGCAGUAUAGCUCUCACCAUCCAGGUGAGCAGCUGCUCCGUGCGCUCCAAAGACUCCUGCUCCGUGGACAAAGCGCUGCACUUCAUCACAGAGGCCUGCUCCCAACACUUGUGUCCCAACAGCACCCGGCUCAGCUUCUCCCUCGAUCAACUGCAGGAUCUCACGUCCACCUCGUGGGAGCUGGAGUGUUUGGUGAAGCUUUGCUACAGUGCGAAAUGUGGAGAGGGAGGAAGAGUGAAGAGGAAUCUGGAGGUCACGCAGCCGUGUCUACAACCUCCAACGACGGCGUGUUUUAAUUUUGGGCCGCCCGAGGUUCUGGGCAUCGCCUUUGGAGGGUUCCUGAUUGGUGUAGUACUUAUUGGAGCCCUGUGGUUUAUCAAAAUUAAGACAGGGUACCCCACUGGACUGGACAUGCACUCGACUGCUGGCUGUCCUUGCUCAGGAGCCAAACGACAACCUGUCUCCACUAACCCGCCUCCCUCCGAGAAUAGCAGCGCCAAUGCGAGCAUCGGAAGCACCAAGAGCACGCCGACCAGCAGCAUGGCGUGAAGACUGAAGAUCAUCUCCCCUCAAAUUCACCAGUGCGGUUUCAACUCCUUUUCUUUGGUAAUGUGCUAGAAAGGGCAUUACAGCCCCCACGCUCCCAUGUAAAUUCAAAUGAACUAAGCCAGACCCUCAUCUGCGACAUGCCAGCCUGGAACAGACACCUUCUGGGAGUUUGUAUUGACAAGGGGCCAGCAGGAGGGCGGGGGUGACGGCUAACAGAAGUCUGAUCAAUGGCCUCUGACGCUCACCCCUGUGGCCUCUGUGUAACGUCAAGCCCCCGUACAGGAAGUUAAAGAGGGCAAGCGUCAAGAAAAAAAAGAAAACCUAAUUUGGCUCAGAGCAACAGGAAAAACAAACCAUAUCCCCGAAGAGUGCGCAGGAAAUUCACCGCAUUCCUCUGAAUGAAUUGAGCUUGUGUGAUCACGGCACAAUAAUGGUCAGACAGGAGACAUGCGGCACAGAAGAAUGACUUUGACCAACAAAAAAAAAACAUGAAAAGCUGGUCGGAUGUUUGUCCUGGUCAGACCCGAAACAGUCAUCAAUAACGUCUAAAGAGUGGAAUUCUCUGAACAAGCGUGAAAUCCAAGGUAAUGGUGCUUUGAUAUAAAUUGUAGAACAAAGUUUCAUCUGAUACUGUAUAGUUUUGGUACCACUCAAAAUGUGUUCUCCUUUCAAAAGGGGGUUAAAAAGGGGACCAGACCAGACAGUGACUAACAUAUAGUUCCUGCCUUUUUAGUGCACCAACAUCUUAAAGAGAUGGCUGAACAAAAUUCAUGUCUACAGAACAUGCCUUCAUCACACGCCUCCAACAUGGCACUUCUUGAACAGGAAACAUGGGGCGGGUGAUGUUUUUUAUUUUCCAUUCGUCACAUUAGCAACCAAUCUGUGGAGGGUGUCCAAGACCAAUGCCAACUAGUAGCUUAGUGCCGGUUAAAAAAAGUCUAUUCAUUCCAAACUGGGUGGCAUUCAGAAUUCUGGCCUCCAAAAGUUUUUCACAAAAUCCUUCCUGUGCUUGGAGACUCCAAGUUCAUGUGGUUCCUUGAAUUCUGCCAAUCUUACCUUGUACUUUAAUGGAGGAUAUUCACAUAUUCACUUUUGAGCUCAUUUCUCUUGAGUCACACUCAUGUUUGCCAUUAAUAUUUGACGUUCAAGUCCAUUUCAAAGUCACUUCAAAAGAAUAACAAAAGUAAAUAUCACAUUUAUCGACCCAAGAUCAAGGUUUCAAGCGUCACCGACAUGAUGCCCACGUCUGUAUGAUAUCUGAUAACAAGAUGGUUUCCUUCUUCCUUGUCUAUCUUCAGAAGCCGGUGCCUCGUAUUAAAAUGUCUCCCGCUGCCCGAGAUGUUGUGUCUCACUCCUGCAGAUCCGGGCCAAUCUCUAUUGAGCGAAAGAUGCUUUGAUGUGCCCCGUCCGUUAACUAACAUGUUGAUGCUGACAUGAAUUUCUUCGUCAAGUUCACCAACGUUUGUAAACAAACUGGUCUCUUUUCAGCUCUCUAUGCUAUAGGUCAAAUUUUAAAAGAGAUCACGACUUCUGGAGGAACAACCAUCCAUGCCUGUCUGAACUCAAUUCAAUUUGAAAGCAGUCAUAUAGAAACGGGAUCAUUUAUCACAACCCACUGUGUCCUGAUGUCAAAAUCAGCUUGCGUAGACUUCUUUACUGCGCUCUGAGAAUUUAUGAAAACAUAUGCGUGUUCCUGUCUUCUCUUCUGAAUUACAGACCAGUGCAGCUCCAUGUGAAACCAAAGAUUUGUAAACAAAUACUGUGUUGAACAAAGGUGCCAGCUUUUUAAUUCUGGCUGCACUGUUUCACAAAGCUUCAUCGUCCCAUCACUCCUAAACUGUUGUUUUACCCAUUAAAGUUGAACAAAUAGAAGGAUGAUGUCAGAAGCUGUCAGGAUACAGUUUUUUUUUCUUGUGUCUUUUUUUUUCUUCAUGAAACUUCAUGAAUCAGCUUUAUUUUCCGGACUCAGUAGGUGGCGCUAUCAGGCUUCAUGAAGCCUCACUGCUGAAACAACAAAAAUCGAUAAUCACUAACAGCUUCUAAAAUAUAGUUCAAGUACUUGCUAAAAUUUUUUUUUACUGCAAUUGGGUAAUGAAGCUUCAUGAAGCCUCACUACUGAAGAGACAAAAACAGAAAUUGCUUGUUUUUAAAUCAUCACUAAAGGCCUUUAAAAUGUAAGUAUCUGCUAAAAUGAUUUUUACUGGAAUGGGGUGAUGAAGCUUCUUGAAGAUACAAAAAUGAAAUACAAAAAGAAAAUAAAAAUGGGGAGUGUUGCUGAGCGGUUGAGCCGUGAACCAAAUAUUUCAUUGUACAGAUGUUUGUAUCCAAUGUCACUUUUAUUUUUUAAGAAAUCUGUGUAGCCCGACUGCUUACCCAAAAUGUGAUCCUUAAAGCGUCACUGUCAUAUUCAUCUACUUAUUGAUGCACAUAUCUACACACUCCCACUAGCUCAGCUGCUUCCUGGUGUGGGUCGAGUGGUGGAAAUAAGUUAUUCUGCUUCAAUUUAACCUAUUCUCGAGAUUGGUUCCACUCAGUGGACGCUCAAUUGUUGUUGCUCGUGUUUGGAAAAAAAAAGGGGCCAGUACAAAUCAAGUGUUUGUGCAAUAUAAUAUUUGUCGUGUCUAUAUGUAUGUAAAAUUGUAUCAUGAGUCAUUAUUUUCUUGUUGAACUCUCCACAUCGCUUAGUUAUUGGGACAGGAUUUUAUGUCGUUGGCGGCGAGGUUCGUGUCGCGUUUGUGCAGCUGUAAUCAUUUUGUGCUUCAUUUAUCACGUACUUAAUUUAAAGAAGGUUCUGGCAUUUAAAAGGUCCAAGUCAUAUUUUAGGAAAACAAAGAGUGAACAGAUGUUCUGCAGAAGCAAGCUAUGGCGGAUUUGUGGGUUGUGGUUUGCAGCAGUUUAGAGAGUCCGAAGCAGGAGACGCCACCCGGCAGCUGAAAGUGGAUAAUUGAACAGCGUCUUGAGUCUUGAAAAUGAAAUAACUGAGAUGAAACCUGAAAAAGCAAAAUCAAAGAGAGCAGUUACGACUGCUCGCUGCUUGACAGCCCAGCGUGCGUGCUGCAUUUCUACAUGCCAAGGCUUGAUAGCUCCGAUAGCGGGUGGUAAAUAUACUGAUUGGAACAGAACAAAAAAUGGAAUUUAUGGCCGCAAUUGAAAGAGUCAGAUCAGUGCGUGCUGUGUUGAUGAAUGAUGUUUAGCAUAAGCAAAACGGUUUGAGUAAAUCGGUUAUUGAUGUUUUACCUUUGUGGUUAUGAUCUCAAUCUGAGGUUCAGUGCAAAAGCCAAAACAAAAUAAAUGAGUUGACCUACAUUAAAACAAAGUACAGUUCUCAAAUAUAGUGUUACCAAAAAUGCCUAAAAUCACCUGUGGGCGAAAUGACUGCAAGCGUUUCUUGGACUCAUCGAAGAGGAUGUGGAAACGUUUCAUGAGCUGGAGUCAUACGUCUAUGAAGUUGGAAGGCCAGAUCUUAUACCCACCGCCCAAAAUCAGGCCUGGAGGCCAUUUAUAGCCAGUUUGCUGAACCAGAGACCUUUAAUGCCUCACUUUAUUGUCUGUUUUUUGAUAUUAUAAAAAUAAAUACCUUUUAAAAGUCCACAUCAUGUUAUUUCCCAUUAAAUAUUUGGCUCUCUACUAGCAACAGUUGGCCCAUUGGUAUCUUCUGAAGUCUGCUCUAUUUUGAAGGUAGAACACCCUGCUCUAAAGGGUUGCAGCGUGCUGUAAAAUAUCCCCGCAACAUUUCCAAAUAUGAAUGUUCAUCCACUUAUUUCCCAAAUUCACCUCAUGUAUAUGACCCAUCCAAAUGAAGGCGUAUAAAUCAUGGCCUUAAAUAAAAGAAACACAUGGGCUGACUCUGGAUCGCAUCUGUAUUUUUUAGUCAUUUUUAGGACAUUCAGUCAAACCUGAACUGAAGGAAGGAGGGAUGCAUUUACUCCCGAUUUUGUAUUGGGUCUGCCCAGUGGUUUCCUCCCACAAACCACCAAACAUUCUCUCUUUCUCCAUGUGAAACCUGUAGCUCUGCUCUGCGUCUCAGGUAGAUGCCACGGCUCUUUUUUUUUUUCCUCAGUCCACAAGGUGGGACGGCUUUUCCCUCUGGCUCAGCUCUUUUAUUGGUCCCUGUACACAGAGCAAGCACAAGCAAACACUUGCUCUCUUGCUUUACGCUGCGGCGCUCAGAGGUGCUGAUCCUCAUCCCUUCAGCUUGACUCUGAGGUCCAGUCGUCACACAGUACAGCCGCUGUCACUUCACAUCAGCGAUUCAGUUUGUUGGUUUUUACCGCUGGUUGACCUUUUAUUCGCCUCCUGAUAUUUCCCCUGCAGUCCAAAAACAAGACUGUUGAGAGUGAAACCCCGACACCGUGUUGUGUUCGCUGUCUUCACCGUGUGGAGAGGUGAAGGAGGGAGUGCGGGGGGCAGUCGCCCUGAGAGACACACUGUCUUCUCUGCAGACGUCUAGCUCAAAGUCUAUAUAAAUAAAGUGGCCGCUAUAGGACAGUAACUGCCCUGUAUUUUUUUAAACAUAAGUGGCAGCUGCAGUCCACAUCUAUUUUUGUGAAAAACGUCAAGAGAGCGCAAGCCUUGUAAGUGUCAGUUUUAUCUGCGAUAAAUCCUCAGGCCUGUCAGUAAAUUCACCUGUCAGCAGCACACCCCCAACACCCCACCAACCCCCCGGCAUCAGGGGAGGGUAAUUACCUGCUGCACCUUUGGAAACUGAAACUGUUGUGAAGCUCAAUUGUGCUCAAGUAACGUGGCAGAAGAGAGGAUCUAUGUCAAAGGAAUCACAGUCGCAAGUUGGUAAUGAAAGCUAAAACGCAGUACAAAGUUAUUUGCCAGGACUUGUUUGAAUAAGUGGUUAAUAGUCUCAAUUGUUUUGCUGCCCCAUUUCUUUUCUUGUAAUUUUCCAUUUUUUUACAUUCUGGAUUUUUUUUACCUCCAUUUUGAACUUCUUUUGUAAUGAAAUUGAUGAUUCGAUAAAGGACCAGAUUUUCAUGAUCAACUAGGAAAAUCAAAUGAAGGGCAUCUCAUCUAAAUAACUCCUAAAAUAUGAAGAUUGGUUGCAAAUUAUUUUCACGAAGUGAAAUAUUUUAGAGCAAAUAUUUUAAAAUUAUUUCUGAAGUAACAUUCAAACAAAAACAGUUGCACAGUGCGUAACAAAAAUAAUGCUGUAAUUACAAUUCUGAGCAUGUAUCAGUGAAUGUUUUGGCUUUUGUAUGGUUUCAUUUUAAAUGACCUCAAAGCUGAACCCUCAAAAAUAUCUCUUCUUAAAACCUUCUGUUUUGAGUGCACUUAUCACAACUUCAAAUUCAAUGGUGUUGCCAACAGCUUUUUCGUUCUUAUCAAUUACCAUUGUAAAUGGUUCUUCUUGUAUCCAACGUUGUUUUUGUACAAAUGUAUUUUCUGACUGAAAUAUUCAUAAU